AUGGAGAUACUCUACAAGGUCACCAGCGGCAUUUUGGUCGUCUCCCUCAUAACCUUCGUCGCGCUCUUCGGACAACUGCCAGCACUAAGAAAGACUCCCAUCGGCUGGCUAAGACGUAUCCUCUGCCUGCAUGCGCCUAACGUCCUCAAACGAGUCGACAAUCAUGUCACCGGUGGCCACGUUACGCGGAGAAGCCAAAGACUCGGCCAGUAUCUCUUCUACGAGCAGAAUCCUGUUGUUCUCGUCCUGUUCCUCAUCGUCUUGACAGGCUCGACAACGCUUUUCCUGAGGAACACAGUCCACCGACUUCCCGCAGGAUUACUACUUCCCGUUCCGCCGAUUGUAGCCAUGCCGUACAUCUUCACAUACCUCUGCGUCACCUCCAGAUCCCACUACAUCACGCCCAUCAACCACAAAACUCGAAUGGCCGAAUACCCAUACGACCACAUCCUCUACCGCCCACGCAUAGGCUGCCGAACAUGCCGCAUCGUCAAGCCAGCUCGAUCAAAACACUGCAGCCUGUGUGGCGUAUGCAUCGCGCAGUGUGAUCACCAUUGUCCCUGGAUCAACAACUGCGUCGGACGAGGAAACUACCGCUACUUUCUCGCGCUGUUGCUCACUCUCGGUAUUAUCCAGAUAUACGGCGCGUAUCUGAGUUGGUACCUGCUGCGAUCGCACUUCAAGGUCGACACUUCGAUUCCAUUCUUCUCGUUCGAUCGCCUAGAAGACUUCAGCAACGCAUUGCUCAUCACCAUUAACAAGGGUGGCAUAUCCGUCGCUGGUGUCGGCCUCUUAGCAGCUACUACAACAGUCCUUCCCCUUGGACUGCUGGCGUACCACUUCUACCUCAUCUGGGCCGGCAUGACGACGAACGAAUCACAGAAAUGGUCAGACUGGCGAGAAGACAUAUGGGACGGCUACGUCUUCAAAGCACAGCGCUCAGAGCUGAACCGACACCACAGCGGACGAAGAUACGACGAUCCGCGCGGCGACAACCCUGCGUUGGAUGGCUUUGUCGAUGACGAGGAGGAUCAAUUCUAUGUCGAGUGGCCGAUCAAUAGUGACCAAGUCCUUGUUAAGACCAACGACGGGAAACCGCCUGCCGGCCAAGAGAGCUUGUGGACGCGAGUGGACAGUAUGACUGAAGUCGACAAUAUCUACGAUCUGGGCGGGUGGGAGAACUUCAAGGAGGUUCUGCGAGGCAGAUGA